AUGAUUGGAUUUUGAAGAGGCCACUCUUUCAAAUUCAAACCCACUAGUAGAGCAGAAUCAUCUCCACCCGCGCCGCGCGUGACCUGUAAUCUUCUCCGUCUUACCUCGCCGCCUGCCCCCCCCCUCACGGCGGAGGGCAUUCGCCGCCGGCCCGUUUCUCGGUAGCCGGUCUUGCCCCCACUUGUUCUGUCUCUUUCGUAUAGCAGUUUUCUCUCUGUCUGCAACUUAUGCCCUGGUUUACAGCUGUAUAGCUACUACUCUUAUUGACUCUUGAAAUAGAGAGGGAAAGAUUCUGGGUUCUCCGCCCAUUACUCCACUUUCGAUUAAAUGCCUGUUUCUAUAUUCGAUUCGUCGUUUUCUCUGCCCGAUUCGUCGGUUGAUUUUGCUCGGAAUCGUUGAGAGGACAAAGUUGUCUGUUGUUCUGCUUCUCAAAGAAGAGUAGCUGCCAUGGAACCUGGAGAAUCUGCGGCAAAGGUUAUGAAGAACAUGGGCCCCCAUGCCUGUCAAAUCUGUGGAGACAAUGUCGGGAAGACUGUCGAUGGUGAACUGUUCGCUGCCUGUGAUGUUUGCACAUUUCCUGUCUGUAGACCGUGCUAUGAGUACGAGAGAAAAGAUGGGAAUCAGUCUUGUCCUCAGUGCAAAAGCCGAUACAAGAGGCACAAAGGAAGUCCUGCUGUUCUUGGUGAUGAAGAGGAUGCUGAGCUUGAUGACGACGACGAUGCCAUUGAUUUGAAUUACAUUUCUGAAAGUCAGAAACAGAAGCAGAAGAUUGCGGAGCGUAUGAUGAGCUGGCAGAUGGCAUACGAGCAGCCUCCGAAUUACGACAAAGAAGUUUCCAUAAAUCACAUUCCCUUGCUCACCAAUGGGCAGGAGGUUUCUGGAGAACUCUCAGCUGCGUCACCCGAGCAUCAUUCGAUGGCAUCUCCCGGACAUCCUCGUGGGAAAAUAUAUUCUCUUCCUUAUGCAGCUGAUAUUAACCAAUCACCUAAUGUGCGAGGCGUGGACCCCGUAAAAGAGUAUAAUUCAUCGGGGCUCGGGAAUGUAGCUUGGAAAGAGAGAGUUGACGGCUGGAAGAUGAAACAGGAGAGGAAUGCUGUUCCAAUGAGCACAGCCCAUGCUGCAUCUGAAAGGGGUAAUGGAGAUAUUGAUGCCUGCACAGAUGUGCUUGUUGAUGACUCCUUAUUAAACGAUGAAGCUCGCCAGCCUCUCUCAAGAAAGGUUUCGGUUCCAUCGUCUAGGAUAAACCCUUAUCGAAUGGUGAUUGUUCUGCGGCUUGUGAUUCUUUGCUUUUUCUUGCAUUACCGAAUAACAAAUCCGGUGCGCAAUGCAUACGCUCUAUGGCUGAUAUCUGUUAUAUGUGAGAUCUGGUUUGCUAUAUCCUGGAUAUUAGAUCAGUUCCCGAAGUGGCUUCCUGUAAACCGUGAGACAUAUCUCGAUCGGCUUGCAUUAAGGUACGACAGGGAAGGAGAAUCAUCACAACUUGCUGCUGUAGACAUUUUUGUGAGUACUGUUGACCCACUGAAGGAGCCUCCUCUUGUCACAGCCAAUACUGUGCUAUCGAUUCUCGCUGUCGACUACCCGGUUGACAAGGUCUCGUGCUACGUCUCUGACGAUGGAGCUGCCAUGUUGACAUUCGAAGCAUUGUCCGAGACGUCGGAGUUUGCAAGGUCAUGGGUGCCUUUCUGCAAGAGAUACAACAUCGAGCCUCGGGCCCCCGAAUGGUACUUCGCGCAGAAAAUCGAUUACUUGAAGGAUAAAGUCCGUCCAUCAUUUGUCAAAGAUCGAAGGGCAAUGAAGAGAGAAUACGAGGAGUUUAAGGUUCGCAUCAAUGGUCUGGUGUCAAAGGCACAGAAGGUCCCUGAAGAAGGGUGGAUCAUGCAAGAUGGAACUCCGUGGCCUGGAAAUAACACUAGAGACCAUCCCGGGAUGAUCCAAGUUUUCUUAGGCCAAAAUGGCGGAUUAGAUUCCGAAGGCAACGAGUUGCCUCGUCUUGUAUACGUAUCUCGUGAAAAGCGUCCUGGAUUCCAACAUCACAAGAAAGCCGGUGCCAUGAAUGCACUUGUUCGGGUUUCUGCUGUUCUUACCAAUGGCCCGUUCCUGUUGAAUCUCGACUGUGAUCAUUACAUAAACAACAGCAAGGCCCUGAGAGAAGCAAUGUGUUUCAUGAUGGAUCCCAACCUCGGAAAAUUCGUCUGUUAUGUUCAGUUUCCCCAAAGAUUUGAUGGCAUUGACAAGAACGACCGGUAUGCCAACCGGAAUACCGUUUUCUUUGACAUAAAUUUGAGAGGUUUGGAUGGGAUUCAAGGCCCAGUUUACGUGGGCACUGGAUGCGUCUUCAACAGAACCGCACUGUACGGUUACGAACCUCCUCACAAGCCCAAGAAUCGGAAGCCAGGGCUUCUGUCAUCGCUCUGCGGCGGAUCCAGAAAGAAGAAAUCAAAAUCGAGCAAAAAGAGCCCCGACAGGAAGAAAUCCAACACCCAUGUUGUCGACCCGACAGUCCCCAUUUUCAAUCUCGACGACAUUGAGGAAGUGGUUGAAGGAGCCGGAUUUGACGAUGAGAAAUCGCUGCUGAUGUCGCAAAUGACUCUGGAGCAGAGGUUCGGGCAAUCCGCCGUGUUCGUUGCGUCGACGCUUAUGGAAAACGGCGGCGUUCCGCAGUCGGCGACGCCGGAGUCUCUUCUGAAGGAGGCUAUUCAUGUCAUCAGCUGCGGGUAUGAAGACAAAACUGACUGGGGAUCUGAGAUUGGAUGGAUUUAUGGGUCUGUCACUGAAGAUAUCCUUACUGGGUUCAAAAUGCAUGCUCGUGGUUGGCGAUCGAUUUACUGCAACCCGAAGCGACCCGCCUUUAAAGGGUCUGCGCCGAUCAAUCUUUCGGAUCGAUUGAACCAAGUGCUCCGGUGGGCUCUCGGGUCUGUGGAGAUUCUUCUCAGUAGGCAUUGCCCUAUCUGGUAUGGCUAUGGCGGGCGCCUCAAAUGGCUCGAAAGGUUUGCGUACGUGAACACGACGAUUUAUCCCAUCACUGCUGUUCCUCUUCUCAUGUAUUGUACCUUACCCGCCGUGUGUCUGCUCACGAACAAGUUCAUCAUUCCCCAGAUUAGUAACAUUGCAAGUAUAUGGUUUAUAUCCCUCUUCCUCUCCAUUUUCGCAACUGGCAUUCUCGAGAUGAGAUGGAGCGGGGUUGGGAUCGACGAGUGGUGGAGAAACGAACAAUUUUGGGUCAUUGGUGGUGUUUCAGCUCACCUGUUUGCAGUUUUCCAAGGGCUGCUCAAGGUUCUUGCUGGAAUCGACACCAACUUCACGGUCACGUCCAAGGCAUCGGAUGAAGACGGGGACUUUGCCGAGCUUUACCUGUUCAAAUGGACGACUCUUCUCAUCCCACCAACAACCCUCCUCAUAGUAAACUUGGUCGGGGUCGUAGCCGGGAUAUCUUAUGCAAUCAACAGCGGGUACCAAUCAUGGGGACCGCUGUUUGGCAAGCUAUUCUUCGCCUUUUGGGUGAUCAUUCACCUCUACCCAUUCUUGAAAGGUUUGAUGGGUCGCCAAAACAGAACGCCCACCAUCGUCGUCGUGUGGUCGAUUCUUCUCGCUUCCAUUUUCUCGUUACUAUGGGUGAGGAUCGAUCCGUUCACUACAUCAGUCACGGGGCCCGACGUCGAGGAGUGUGGAAUCAACUGCUAGACUAGUUUUACCUUAGAUGGUGCCGAGUAAAAACAUUUGGGAAACUUGCUUUAUUUAUUUAAGGUAUACAUGUCUAUAAUGAAUACGAGGUUGUAAGAAAAAUGGGUGUAAUGAUAUUUUCCUGUUGUGCGUAYUAGGCCAUUCAUUAAUGGAGA